AUGUCAAGAUCCCUCCCACUAGUCAGAUUACCUUCUAAUGCUCUAAUUCACCGAUUCGGUUCCCCCAAUACUUCCUCUGCGAACGCCUUACUUCGAUUCCCAUCGCAAGGAUGGACGAUAAAUAGAUCGAAGAGGGAGGGAUGGGCUGUGGUGGGUGAUUCGGAAGGAAGGAAACUGGCUGUUGAGACCCUCCUAUCUCGACAUCGUAUUCAUCCGCUGCCCCCUCCCCCAGGUCCAUUCCCGCAUAUAACCUCCCUCCUUUCCUCCUCUUCUUCGUCCACGGGUGAAAUAUCAAGCUACAAACCCAUACGGCACCUUGCAUUCUCUCGACCACCAUCUUCAGGCGAGUUCACAGAUUUCACGGCCCGUUAUGGCGCUCUACAAGAAGAAGAUAAACUAUCUUUUCGAGAAACCCUCUUAUCCACUUUACAUCCUACUCCAUCAAACGAAGAGAUAGAGAGAGUAGCAGGUUUAAUGAAAAUCACCAAACUCUUAGAUCUUCCCAUGGUCAGUCUGUCAUCCGGACAAACGAGAAGAUCGAGAAUCGCUGCAUCGUUAUUGACUAAACCUGUUUUAUUGAUUUUGGAAGAUCCAAUGGCAGGAUUGGAUAUACCCAGUAGGAAAGAGGUAUCGCACACUCUAGGCGAAUUGAAUGAUAGUGGUGAUAUUAGGAUUGUGCUGGUUCUCAGAGGGAAGGGUACGGAGGAUGUACCGGAUUGGAUAACGAAUGUGGUUGAAGUGAAAGAUGGGAAUGUAUGGAUAGGCGAUAAAGCGCAAUAUGAGGAGUCAUUAAGGACGAGAGCAAACAUUCAGGCAGAUAACGAGAAGGCUAGUAUACAGGAAUUAGUAGAUACGAGAGCAGAUAAUAAGAAGAAUUUGGUCAACUUGGAUAAGGUCUCGGUCAGUUAUGGAGAAGGAAGUAGACCCGUCCUCAAAGAUGUUUCAUGGAGUAUAAAAGAAGGAGAGAAAUGGCAUCUUGUAGGAGCUAAUGGCUCAGGCAAGACAACCCUUCUCUCAAUCAUAUUAGGGCAUCAUCCGCGAUCAUUCUCGCUCCCCUCUACCUCUCUCCAGCUAUUCUCAAAGCCUCGUCGAGAGAUUCCCACAACCACCUUGAGAGGAAUGAUAGGCCACACCUCACCUGAGAUCUACUCUUCUUUCCCUAGGGGUAUGGGUCUAACCGCCUACUCAGCAGUGGGAACAGGCUUCAAAGGGAUAUUCUCAAGAUCGGAAUUGGACGAAAAUGAGAAAAAACGUGUGUUAUACCUCUUAGAUCAGGUCAAGGAUCUAUUACAACCUACUGUCGGUCUUGGUGGUGUAGAGUCAACGAAGGGAAUGGAUUUGAAGGAAAUUGCACUUAGACCAUUCGCCCAUUUUACACCUCCCCAACAGGGUUUGAUACUAUUCCUUCGGGCAAUAGUAGGUAAACCAAAUUUGUUGGUACUUGAUGAACCCAGUCAAGGGAUCGACGAGUUUAUCUGGGAAAGAUGUAAGGCCAUUUUGGAGAGGGAAUGGAAAGAUAAUGAGAAGAUGGCUACGAUUGUAGUCAGUCAUUAUGAAGAUGAGGUACCGUGGAAACAAGGUAGAGGGAAGAUACUGAAGUUGGAUCAGGGGGUAGCUACUGUUGAGGAACCCGUAUGA